AAAUUAAGCGACCCACUGUUAGGCCUAGAUGAAAUUGAAUCCACGGGUACUGCUCCUUUGACCAAAAGAGAGGGCGAGAAGCUUUUGAGUCAACUUGUUGACAAGAUGGAUCUUGAUGGAGAUGGGUUUAUUUGUGAAGAUGAAAUGAGGAAAUGGUUAAAAUAUGUGGAGACCAAAGAUGUAGAACUGGAUGCAAAUAGAACAUUCGAUGAAUAUGUAACCGAUUUUAAGACGAAUUAUGUUACGUUUGAGCAACACCAGACGAAGUUGUCUGAGGGCUACGAUGAGGAUGAAGAUGCUGAUGAUGAUCUACAGCAAACAGUCGAUCGAGAUAGAAGGCGAUUUGAAAAAGCCGAUUUAGAUGGCGAUGGAAAGUUAUCGAGGGAAGAGUUUGCAGCGUUUUUGCAUCCCGAAGAAUUUGAACACAUGCGAGAUACUGAAACUCUUUAUGACCUGGAUAGCAACAAAGACGGCCUCAUCGACUUGGAAGAAUAUACAAAGGACAUGUGGACUGACGACUCACAAACUCCUCUGGAUUGGGUCCAGUCUGAGCACCAGCAGUUUAAGGAGACCCGCGACAAGAACAAGGAUGGCUUCCUUGAUCGAGAAGAAAUCCGCGACUGGCUCUUCCCCGCCGAAUAUGAUCAUAUCGAGUCAGAAGUGAAGCAUCUUAUGUCUGAAACCGACGAUAACCUGGACGGAAAAUUGUCGAAGGACGAAAUUCUUACACACUAUAAAGAAUUUCUGGGUAGUCGAGUGACCGACUUUGGCCGAGCCCUUGACCAGCAUGAUGAAUUAUAG